AUGAGCUUCUUUCGAUGGUAUAAUGCCAAGUUGGCCUCGAGUCCACUCCUCACUCAGGCCGUGACCACAUCGGCUCUGUUCGCUACUGGAGACGUUACAGCCCAGCAGGUCGUCGAUAGACGAGGACUUGCCAAGCAUGACUUUACGCGGACGGGACGGAUGGCCUUGUACGGUGGUGUCGUCUUUGGCCCCAUCGCAACAACAUGGUUCGGCUUCCUGGCUAGACGAAUCGUCGUCCCCCGCAGCAGACAUCUCGAGACGGCCGCCCGCGUCGUGGUGGACCAGUCCGUCUUCGCGCCCACCAUGAUUGGCGUCUUCCUGAGCAGCAUGGCCGUCAUGGAGGGGAACAGCCCGCAGAAGAAGCUGGAGUCGACCUGGUGGUCGGCCCUCAAGACAAACUGGCUCGUCUGGCCGGCCGUGCAGACCAUCAACUUCGCCUUCCUCCCUCUGCAGCACCGCGUGCUGUUUGCCAACGUCGUCUCCAUCGGGUGGAACAGCUACCUGUCCUUCGUGAAUGGACGGGAGGCGGCGGCAGAGGAGCAUGAGAGGGAAGAACACGAGCAGCAGGUCGAGGUCAAGGGCAAAGCCAUCGACACUGAUGCCUAA